UCAAUCACCUCCAGAGAUCCGCAGUGAACGGCACGCUGUUUGUUUCUUUCCUCACGCGAUGAAUUCCAGAUCGCACUGCCGUCGAAUCCUCAUAUUUCGCGGUUGGCAGAGACUGUUGGAUCACGGCUGAAGUUCGGAGUCCCGGUGUUUUUGUUACUUCUUUUAUCGGCAAGCUGUGGUUUAUUUCAGGUGGUUUAUUUUCUGACAAGGCUACAUCUACAACUCUGCAAUUUUGUUGUCUGUGUGGAUGAUGAUGCAACCACUGGGGUGACUAUCACAUCGUUGUCACCAAGGGACAGAGGUACUGAUAACUGAUACACAGAAUGCACUGUUGAUAACAGUUGUGUGCUUUUUCUUUAGCGUGUGCCUGGUAUUAAACCAACUGGUAAAAAUCGCUAGCUAUCAAUCAUCAGAUAUUGAAUGAUACCCUUUGACGAUGAACAAUGGUAUCAGGUUGCAAGGUGUUGUUUGUCUGAAGUGGAAUUAUUUCCGAUGUGAUAAAAGGGAUUAAUUGAUAGUUCAACUGCAGUUGGAACUGGAGACUGGAACUGUAGGCUGAGGAGGUACUUAUUGUUCUAAGAUGUCCAUCUGCAAGACAGUGAUCAUGAAUUCCGAGAUCAGCUUCGCCCUUGUGGUGGGUUUUCUGUCCUUCGUAGCCUCGCAAGAUGCUGGAACCAACGGCCCAAUAGAAAGGAUCUCGACGGGGCAGAUCCUCGGUAAACGCAUGGACGUACUCGGGAAGACCGUGGACGCUUUCUUGGGCGUGCCAUACGGUAAAGCCCCGGUGGGCGAUUUACGCUUCAAAAGCCCACAACCCCGGGAGCCGUGGGACGGCACCUACAAUGCAACCACGCACGGAUUCGGAUGCUUCCAGGUACCAGAUGAAUCCUACCCGGGUUUCCCCGGGUCCGAGAUGUGGAACCCAAACGUUAGACUGGAAGAGGACUGCCUGAAUCUUAACGUCUGGGUACCGUACCCAAGACCGAUUAACAGCUCAGUAUUACUCUGGAUAUUCGGCGGGUCCUUUAUAACUGGAGUAGACUCACUGGAUGUUUACGACGGGAAAACGCUGGCAGCAGAAGAGGGGAUUAUUGUGGUGUCAAUGAACUACCGACUUGGACCACUUGGAUUCCUCGCAAUGGACGACUCAAGCGCACCUGGGAACAUGGGGUUGAGAGAUCAGGCCCUGUCUAUGCAAUGGGUACAAGACAAUAUCCAUGUCUUUGGUGGAAACCCCAAGGAGGUGACGCUAUUUGGGGAGAGUGCUGGAGCAGCGAGUAUUGGGCUUCAUAUGGUAUCCCCGGAGAGCAUGCAUCUGUUUAAGAGAGCUGCUCUCGAGAGUGCGUCAGCGACUGUCCCAUGGGGGUAUGACACCAUGGAAGAGGGGAUGGAAAGGGGGAUGCUGCUAGCUGACGCACUACAGUGUACUGAGGACACAAACGGGGUUACACUCUCCACCUCGCAAGUUAUUGACUGCCUGCGCAAUAGGGAUGUCGUGGAGAUCUUGACCUAUCAAUGGGUAACAUCAGACUAUCUGGAUUUUCCCUUCGUGCCGGUUAUUGACGGUACUUUCUUGACUGAACGCCCGGAGUCGGCCUUGAGCCGGGGUGCUGUUAAAGACUGCGAGAUGCUGAUCGGUAGUAACACGAACGAAGGGACAUUCUUCCUUAUCUACGAAGUGCCCGGUUUUAGCAAGGAUACGGAAAGUCUACUGAGCAAAGAGGGGUUUGUUGAUGCCUUGAAAUAUGCUUUUUCACAGGCCAACUCAUUCGGGCUGAACGCGCUCAUGUUCGAGUAUACGCCGUGGCUGUCCCCCGACGACGGAGCACUUCUGAGGGAUGCAAUUGACAUGGCAACUGGGGAUUAUAACUUCAUUUGUCCCACGUAUGAAAUGGCCGUCGGGUAUGCCAGAGCCAGCAAGCCGGUGUACUACUAUAGGUUCACGGAACGGGCGUCGAAUAACCCCUGGCCCGAGUGGAUGGGUGUCCUCCAUGCCGAUGAGAUUGCUUACAUCUUCGGUCUUCCUCUUCACCCUGAGAACGGUUUCAAUGAAGAGGAGAAACGACUGAGUAGGAUGAUGAUGGGAUACUGGGCGAACUUUGCAAGAACUGGGAAUCCAAAUGGCGCUUUCCCGGCUGACACAGAAGGAAGCUGGCCUCUCUACACCGCUGAGGGCCAGGAAUAUUUCACACUGGACAAAUCGAUCGUGGAUGGGGACACCAUAGUUGGGCGUGGGCCGUUUGCCCAACGAUGUGCAUUCUGGAGGCAGUAUUUCCCAACACUCAUCACACAAACAGGUGACAUCAGUGAGGCAGAAAGAAAAUGGAAACAGCAAUUCGACGAUUGGAGCACCAAAUACAUGGUCAACUGGAAAGCGGAGUUUGACAAAUACGUAAACGGAAACCAGUGCGGGGACGAUUAGUGAACUUUUUACGUUUCAAGCCGUAAGUGGUGACGUCACGACUACCGUUCGGGUUUAAGGAAUAUUUCUACCAGUUCACAAAGCGUACCAACAAUAGUGUUUUUGCCCCGUGUAUAGGUCAAUGUGCAAACUCAAACCAUUCGUCGUUGUCAAAAUCACGUCAGUAUCGCGGCUUGUCGGUUUAGAUACUAUAGUUUUCGGGAGAAAAUUCCCAUACAAACGUAAUACCCGUAAACGUAAAUCGUAAACAGCUUCUUUGAAUGCACACACCGGUUCGCUUAAAGGACUGCAUGUCAUGAAAAGAUGGCCGAACAGGUUUGUCUCUCUGGUCGAUUGUAAAGAAAACAGGAGAGAACUAAUCCGGACUAAAGUAAGUAAGGUUUAAAGCAAAGACACCAUGUACAAAUAUCUUUGUGGGUAAUGGUGGCUCUGCGAAGAGCCGGUUUGCUCUGCUAAAAGUUUCGGUCGGAGUGCUCUAACUGUCUUCAAUUCCCGAGACGAGUCUGACUUUUCAGUGAAUUGACUGUGUGGUUGAUUACGAGUCGUGACGUCAUUACUUCACGUCAAGGGGAAUCCCCAUUUUCCAUAUUGGUUUACCUCCCGUGUAAAUACAUUAUGGCGUAUACUUUGUGAAGCAAUACUUUAUUAUGAACAACCACUUAGGAGAUUCCGCGUUUUACCGUAUCUUUGGUAAGAAUUUACAUCGUUACUGAAGAUCCAAGAUAUUAAUGGUGUGUGAGUAUUGUUGUAUAAUGUCUGAGUGGAUUCGUACAACCCCCUUAAAAAAAAUUAUCCCUUUAAAAUUAAUAUUGAUCUAUAAAGGUAAAUGUUCGAUAAUCGGUUUUUCUCGUGUCUUCUUUUUGCUAUAAAAAUAUUGUCAUGAUUCCAGUAAUUAUAAUUAUUAUUUAUUUAUUUUUAUUUUUUUUUAAUAUUUGCUGCUAGACUAGUUUUCGAUUCGAAACGUUUGCUCAAAUCAAGAAUAAAAAAUAAAAAAACAUGUGAUUGUAGAAAUUUUCAGUGUUCACACUCCUCCUCCAUUAGAACUCCUCCUCCAAUAGAUAUCCUUCUUCUAACUUAGAACUUUUGCUAUUGUUUAAAAGAACAUUAUGGUUCGGUUCCUUUUACAAACAAGUCCUCAGUCAUUCAUAUUUGAAUUGGAAGGAACAACAGUGUUAUGAACUUUCAGGAGCUAAACGAAAAGGAUCAAUUUUGUUUUUUUCCUUUUUUUUUUAUUUUUUUUUUUUUACUCCAAAUCGAUUUUUUUUUUUCAAUGUUUAGUUUCAUAUUUAAGUGUCUGUAUGUUUCGUAAGAAUUUUUUUUUAAUUAUAAAACUGCAGCUUUCUUGAGAACAUUAUAGCCCCCCAUCCUUUAUAUAGACAGAAAGUAAUUUUGUUAAAACGGUAUAAGAACUGUUUUUAUAAAAUCUAUUUCUGGUAGUUGUAAGUCAAAGAUUGUAUAAAACCAACUUGUGUACAUGCCAGGAUGUUUUGGUGUUGCGUGUUGUCGAUUUCGCUUCAGUAGAUUAGUCCAUGAAAGAGCUUUAGAAAAUUAUAAUAAAUUGUUUUUAUAUUGUAUUUAACUUGUAUAUAUUAUAAUUAUAUCCAUCGGUGUUAAAUGGUUUUAUAUGAUACACAUUUUACAUUUUAUAUAAUCAUUAAUAUAAGAAGAUUUGAUUUUGAUUUUUUAAACAAUUUGAACCAUAAAUAAUAUUAAUCGUCAAGGUUGUUUCUUCUUCGGUUUUUCUCCUGAGCUAUAAUUAUGGUUUAAUUGUUGAUGUUUUUGUUUACUUUUUGAUUUACUUUGAUUAGCUUGGCAAUUUUAUGGAAAUGAUAUGAAUAUAGUUGAAUAUAAUUGAAAAACGCUAUUAUUUACAUUUCAGAAGUUUUAGUUUUAUUAUUCUGUUCUACCUCAUAAGCAAGAAGACAAAUGAUUUAUCCGCAAACAAAAACGUAACUUAGUAUCACUUGGUACGUUAUAAUAAUGGUGACCAAGACCCUAUUUCACAGAGCCGGCUAAGGCAGGAAAUAUUUUAUUUAACCAUUUUCUGCUUAGCAAACUGAGCAGGAUACCAGUCCUAAAGUGUACACGUGACAUGGUAUUUUGGUUGGUAACCUAAUCCUAGAAAGCAUUAUUAUCAUGGGCUAAGCUACUUUGUGUGCCUAUGAGCAGAUCGAUGAAAGUGAGCCCUGUUGCAAAGUUCACAAAGAUCACAUUGAUCUUUUCGCGUUAUCAAUCUAAAUGUUUGUGCUUUACCCAUAAGCACUGUAUAUUCAGUACUUACUCGAGUUCUGUGGGGGGGGGGGGGAAAUAAUAUCUAAUAAAUCUAAAUAUUGCUAAGCGAAGUCUGACGUCACAAUUCAAGUCACCACAUUGAUAUUGAAAACUGAUUUUAAGAUGGAUCUUUGUACAGCAGGCUGCAGCUGUAAUCUGUUUGGUUGACGGUGCCCAGUUCCUGCUUUGUACUUUUCCCUAAUCAUGCUAAGCCAUUUUAAACAAAAAAAAACUAGGUUAACAAAAAUCACUGGUUCCCACAAUCUUAUCACAAGGAUAAGCAGCGCCGUCAGCGAAUACUUUAAGGUUGUGAAUAAUUAUUAAUUUGAAUAAACCUGAACAGAUUAGUA